CCUCCUGUUCCCUGGCAUCCAGGUCCCAGAUGUCCAGUUCCAGAUGCCUGGUUUCACAGCUGGGAAAUGACCUCUGGAGAAGCCCCCAGUCCACAGGCUGCCCGGGCAAGAUGUGGUGGCUACUCCUCUGGGGAGUCUUCCAGGCUUGCCCCACGCAGGGCUCCGUGCUCUUGGCCCAGCAGCUGCCCCAGCAGCUGACAUCCCCCGGGUAUCCAGAGCCAUAUCGCAAAGGCCAAGAGAGCUCCACUGACAUCGAGGCUCCGGACGGCUUUGCUGUGAGGCUUGUCUUCCAGGACUUCGACCUGGAGCCAUCCCAAGACUGUGAGCAGGACUCAGUCACAAUCACAGCCAGUGGGAUGGAUCCAAGUCGGUUCUGUGGGCAACAGGGCUCCUCGCUGGGCAGCCCCCCUGGUCAGAGGGAGUUUGUUUCCCCAGGAAACCGAUUGCGGCUGACUUUCCGGGCCCCCGCCUCCUCUCGGGACAGAACCACUGGCCUCCACAGGGGCUUCCUGGCCCUCUACCAAGCUGUGGGUCCUCCUGACCACUGGUUUCCUACAGAUGUGAACCAUAGUCGUCGGCCCAUCAGCCAGGCCAGUGGGGCCUCUAAGGCCAUUAGCACACGUGGAGAUCCAGACCCCCUCAAGAUCCAGAACCACUGCUGCCGGGAGCCCUAUUAUCAGGCAGUGCCAGCAGGGACACUCACCUGCACACCCCAGAAUCCCUGGAAGGAGACACAGGAUAGGAAGGAGCUUCCUCACUGUGUCCCUGUCUGCGGCCGGCCCGUGGCCCCCAUCACCCAGAGCCAGGAGGCCGUCGGUUCCUCCAGAGCCAAGUUGGGCAACUUCCCCUGGCAAGCUUUCACCAGCAUCUACGGCCGAGGGGGCGGGGCCCUGCUGGGAGACAGGUGGAUCCUCACUGCCGCCCACACCAUCCAACCCAAGGACGGCGUCCUCCUCGGGAAGAACCGCAGCGUGCAUGUGUUCCUGGGCCACACGAGCAUCGACGAGAUGCUGCGGCUGGGGAGCCACCCGGUGCGCCGAGUGGUGGUGCACCCGGACUACCGCCAGCACGAGGCCGGCAACUUCGACGGGGACCUCGCGCUCCUGGAGCUCCAGCGCCGCGUGCCGCUCGGGCCCAGCCUGCUCCCCGUCUGCCUGCCCGAGCGCGAGGCCCUGUACCGCAGCGGCGUGUGGGGCUACGUCAGCGGCUUCGGCGUGGACCUGGGCUGGUUAACCACGGAGCUGAAGUACUCGAGGCUGCCCGUCGCCCCGCGAGCGGCCUGCCAGGCCUGGCUCCAAGACAAGCAGAGAUCCGAGGUGUUUUCUGCCAACAUGUUCUGCGCUGGGGAUAAGAUGAGGCAGCAGAGCGUCUGCCAGGGGGACAGUGGCGGUGUCUAUGUGGUAUGGGAUGAGCGUGCCCAUCACUGGGUGGCCACGGGCAUCGUCUCCUGGGGCAUCGGGUGUGGCAAGGGCUAUGGCUUCUACACCAAAGUGCUCAACUACCUGGACUGGAUCAAGGGAGUGAUGGAUGGGAAGGACUGACCCUGGGGACCCUUGAGCGGUGACACUCAGCUGUGGAGGUCCCCCAAGAGAGGGUUAGGAGCAGGACUGGGCUCAGGGUUGGGGAUGGGGGCAGGGAAUCCCUAUUCAAGUGACUGCUGCCCUGUCCCCUGUGCGAGAGAAGUCCUCCUCCUUCCUAAUGCCCCUUCCUCCUGCUCCUCCUCCUCCUCCUCCUCCUCCUCCUCUACCUUUCUGCUAGUUUGUGCUCUGCCCAGGGAAGCCUUGGACAUCUCAGCCAGUUUCGCUUUAAAUUUCAUGUCCUGCUGACACUGCUUCUUCUGUACUCUCGUGGGAGACAGUCACCUUCCCAUCCCCCUGUUCAAGUGGAGUAUGGGGGAUGUGGUCUUAAUUGCUUUUCUUUCGGAAACGUUCCAAAGCCCCUUUAGUUGGCCUUCACACAUUCAAACUAUUGGCUUCACCACCCACCAUAUCUCCUAGCUGCAAUUAUAGUAAGUGGCCCAUUUUGGUUUAGCUCUUCUGCAUAAUAGGCGCUUCACGGGUUAUUUCGUUGACUCCUCAAACCAAGUUUGCAAUGGAGGUGUUAUUGGCCACAUUUCACAAACAGGGAAACUGAAGCCCAGGGAGAUGACGUGACUUGCCCCAAACCCGCAGCCAGUAGAGGACUGCAAAGGCCACAUGCCUUCCAGUACACCAGGAUACCUCCAGAUUGUCCUCAACACCUACUCUGCUUCCCCAUCCCAAUCCCCACAUCCUUACAGGUUCCCCUGGGAAUUCCUGCUUCAGUGAAGAUGACAACACCAGGCUCACACUUUCCUGCUGGCCCCAUCUCCUGCAGACACCAAGAUGAGCCCAGCACUGGGCUGGAUGCUUGGGCACACACCCCCCAGUGCUGCUGGACACCUGGGUGUGGGCGCCCCCUGAGAAGACCAACUCUUUCACUUUUAGUAAGGACUUGAGAUGAUUUACAGUGAAAGAUACAAGUAGAAUAUGAUUGUUCAAUGGAAAUAGAAAAUUAAUACCACAAAAUAGAAGAUAGCAAAUUUGCUAGCAUUGAAGGUCAAGUUAGCUAUAUGGCUAAAGGUUAAAUUGAUCUUUGGGGCGCCUAGGUGGUACAGUUGGUUAAGUGCCCAACUCUUGGCUUCAGCUCAGAUAGUGAUCUCAGAGUUAUGAGCUGGAGCCCUACCUGGGGCUCAGCAAGGAAUCUGCUUGAGAUUCUCUCUCUCUCUCUUCCUCCGCCCCUCCCACUCAUGUACACACUCUCUAAAUCUGAAAUAAUAAGUCUUAAAUAAAUAAUAAAGGUUAAAUUGGUCUUUGAAAAAACAGCAGGAUUCAAAAUUGUUCAUACAUAUGGUUACUUCAAUUUUUAAAAACAUUUUUAGGGACACCUGGGUGGCUCAGCGGUUGAGCGCCUGCCUUUGGCUCAGGACAUGAUCUCAGGGUCCAGGGUGGAGCCCCACAUGGGGCUUCCCGCGGGGAGCCUGCUUCUCCCUCUGCCUGCAUCUCUGCCUCUCUCUGUGUGUCUCUCAUGAAUAAAUAAAUAAAAUCUCUAAAAAUAAAUAAACCAUUUUAAACUUAUAGUAUAAAAGGCUAUUAAAAACUCUAGGGGGCAGCCUGGGUGGCUCAGCGGUUUAGCGCCGCCUUCAGCCCAGGGCGUGAUCCUCAAGACCCGGGAUCGAGUCCCACGUGGGGCUCCCUGCAUGGAGCCUGCUUCUCCCUCUGCCUGUGUGUGUGUGUGUGUGUGUGUGUGUGUGUGUGUGUGUGUCUGUUUCUAAUGAAUAAAUAAAUAAAAUCUUUAAAAAAAAAAAAAAAAACCUCUAAGGAUGCCUAGGUGGCUCAGCAGUUAAGUGUCUGCCUUGGGCCCAGGGCGUGAUCCUGGAAUCCCAGGAUCGAGUCUCACAUUGGGCUCCGUGCAUGGAUCCUGCUUCUCUCUCUCCCUCUCUCUGUGUGUCUCUCAUGAAUAAGUAAAUAAAAUCUUUAAAAAUAAUAAAAAUUUAAAAAUUAAAAAUAAAAACACUCUAAAAUAUUAAUCAGAAGUUGUUUUAGGUGGUAUAAUUUUGGCCGUUUGUUUUCCCGUACUCUUCUGCAUUUGCUAAAUUUAAUUUAAUGAGCAUGUAUUUUUUACUUAUUUUUAUUAUUGAAAACAUGAUGUUUCUGGACCCCUGGCGGCUCAGUCAGUUAAGCAUCUGCCUUUGGCUCAGGUCAUGAUCUCAGGGUCCUGACACAGAACCCGGCAUCAAGCUCCCUGCUAGGCAAGGAUUCUGCUUCUCCUA